AUGUCCCCCUCCCCUGCGACGUCGCUCUACCGGCGGUCUCUGAAGCUGUCCCUGGACUGGGCGGUCCAGCGAUCGAUCUGGCGCGGACAGGCUGUCUACAUUCGCUCCCUCUUUGAUGCCAACAAGGACGUCCGCGACCCUCGUCAGCAACAGGUUCUGCUGCGCGAGACUGAGAAACUGCUGGAUGAGUGGAAGCACCCCGACCCCUACCGGGCCCCGACCGCCCCUGGUGGAAACAAAUGGGAGCGAAACAUUCCCGCUCCGAUUCUACCUUACGCGGCGCCCCCCGCCGCCCACUAA